CCCAGUUCGAGUAAUAACAUUGCAAAAUUCUUGAAAUCUGAUUGGUGGAACUCGCUUCUGGUCGACAUUUUUUUACAAGGCGAUACGAGAGGAAAAGUUGGAAGAGAAAAGACAAGUAACUGAUGAUAAAAGUGAAGAAAGCAGACGUGAAAAUUGCGAGUGUGAAAACGAGGCUGUUUGUCAUCUCAAUAAAAUCCAUUGCUCAUGUUUGAGCAUUUCUGGUUGAAAAAAAGAGACAGCUAUGAGGGAAGAAAUUGCAGCUGCUGUUGUUUUCGUUACACGAUUGAUAAAGCAAAACGAUAGCAUUCCAAAAGAAAAAGUUGAAGAGUUCUCAAGUCAGUUAUCGGCAACUUUAAUAGACAAGUUCAAAAACCACUGGUAUGCAGAUGAACCUACCAAGGGUCAGGGAUAUAGGUGUAUUCGUAUAAACCCAUCAGAACCUAUUGAUCCAGUUUUAGAUAAAGUAGCUGGUAUUUGUGGAUUACAGUACAAUGAUCUCAAUUUACCACAAGAGCUAACACUGUGGGUUGAUCCAAAAGAAGUUUGUUGCAGGUUUGGUGAGAGCCAAGGUUCCUUUUGCCAACUUGCGGUGCUGAAGGAUGAUGGAAACUUGGAGAAUCAAGCACACACUGUUAACAUUGAGGAUCUUGUAAAACAGCAGCAACAGCGUUUCAACAUGAACCUUAAUAUUGUUACCACAAGGACAAGUGCUAACAAGCUGAAAGCCAUGGCCAUGAAAAGUGCAGCAUUUCAGCAGCAAUUUUACAAGUCCAGUUACCACCAUAACAGCAAAUAUCAGCAGAACUUAUACAACAACAACAGCCAGCAAUAUCAGAGCUCCUCCCGACCAUUCCACAAAUCUCAUCAUCACACUCCUCAUCACCACCAUCAUCAUAAGAAUAGCUAUCAUAGCCAGAAUAUGUCUGUAAAUAAUUUGAAUGGCCAUCAGGGUAGUAAGGGCCCAGGUGAUUUUAAUGGGGGUAGUGGCAAUUUCAGUUCGGGCUACGAAAUGCAGGGAAAAGAUAAGUAUCGGUGGGUCCGAAACAAACAGCAAACCCCCGACCAGCAGGAAAAAAUGAGAUUAAGUCCGAAUUGAGCAUUACUUGAUCAAAGCCAUUGGGUGAUAUCUAUUCAAAGUCAAAAUCUAAGUCUGUCAGAUGUAUAGAAUAUUAUUUUUGUGCCUUGUCACACUUGUGCUAGUCUAUAAUUUAUACAGAUUGUUGAAUAGUGUAGAUUGUCUUAAUCAUGAGGAUUUUUAAUAAUUAGUGGCAGCUUAGAUUUGACUCGGUUUUAUAAUAUACGGAUCGUAUUUACUGUUGACGACUUUUGCCAUGUUAUAAAGGACUUGAGAUUGUGAUUUUUUUUAAUUGUACCUCAUUAUCUUACCAUCCUUUAAUACUCGUGAAAACACAUAGUAAUUGCCAAUUCCCGGUCAGUUCUGUCAGAGUCAGUUAAGUUUGUGGUAACUCAGUACAUUACUAAGUGAUCAUUUGAUUUAUGUAUGUGUGGAGGGUUUUAAAAGUACAAAACCUUAAAAUAAGGUGUUAACAUCAAUCAGCCCUGGAUAAGCAGAACAAAAUAAUUUAUAAUUAAAAGUACUUCAUGAUUUUGAUUAUAUACUGACGUAACAUGCAUUUGUGAACUCUCAGAUGAACAAAGUAAGUUAGGUAUUAAUUUUCUUAUGCCUUUUGUAUUGUUCAGGCAUACAAUUGCAUCAAAGUUAAUGUUACAUUUAAAAGGUUUGCAUUCCCAUGGUUUUCCAUAUAUUUUUUUAUGCAUUUUAGCAGAACCCAAAGAUCUCUAUCAUUUUACACAUAUCCCUUUUUUCGUUGUUUUCAUCACUGGACAUUUGAAUAUCAUUGCCCAUUUUGUAUUUUUGUAACCAGAAUAUUUAUGAGCACAUUUCAUUUUCAAUGCACUUUUUAAGUUCAUGCAAUGCAACUUAUUUGAUACAAAACAAAGUACUGGUAAGAAAAAAGAAAAUUGUUAUUGAAAAAAUUAAAUACUGUUAAAU